UUUUAAUGGCGGCCUCCAUGGAUUCGGACGAAGAAGAUUCGUUUGUCUCUCUAGGCAAUGCUUUAGAACAAAUUAACGAAGAUGAGUCUAGAAAGAAACUGGUGUUUGCUCAGGAGCAACAAGCCAAGGAUAGUAGAGGUCGUCCUCGGUUCCAUGGAGCAUUUACAGGAGGCUUCUCAGCUGGCCACUUCAACUCUGUGGGAUCCAAGGAGGGUUUCAGGCCAUCAACUUUUGUGUCGUCCCGGAACAAGAAGUAUGAGGAUGAGGAACAAGGGCAAAGGCCAGAGGACUUCAUGGAUGAAGAGGACUUCAGUGAGUAUGGUAUAGCCCCACGGAAGCUGGUAACAGCCGGGAAAUUUGGAUCACAGGAGAGGAGAAAACGACAGCUGGAUGAGGUCAAGGUCAUGACGACUGGAACAUUGUUUAGUGGGGAACCUGCCCUUGCUGACCUUAUCACCCCAGAAAGGUUGACUAUUGGUGUUCGACUUUUGAGAAAACUUGGCUGGAAGGAAGGUCAAGGACUGGGUCCUCGUGAGCGAAGACAGAAAAAAAGAACAGUUCGCUCCAAACAUGUGUUCAAGAUUGGGAAGAAGUCAAAUUCCUCUGCCCCUGCGGGUUCAACAGGUGUCGGUAAAAAGUCAUAUGGAUGUGCUCCUCCUCCUCCUGGUUCAUCUGCUGGACAGGACAAUGGCUCUGAGGAGAGUGAAGAUGACUUCCCAGAAGAUUUGACCUUUGCCCCAAAGGACACUACACCUAUUUCCUUUGUUGCUAAGGACAAUGUGCAUGGCCUUGGUUACAGUGGCCUUAACCCCAGGGUGGCCUUGCCCUCUACCCAUAUCAAUCUGAUUGAACCCCCAACAACUUCUAAACGUAGUUAUAUGAGAGGACAAGCAUUUGGUGUUGGUGCACUAGAGGAUGAGGAUGAGGACAUCUACACCACGGAUCAUCUGUCAAACUAUGAUAUCACCAUGGAGAUAGACGAGGGCAAGGAGGAGCUGUAUGGCUGGACUGCCCCAGGAAGGAACAAGGGAGGUACACAGACAACACCUGUGGGUUACCUUGGAAAGAUUUUAGAAGGUUUUACACUGUCCACUAAAAAGUUGAAGACCAAGAGAGGCUUCGGUCCACCUAACAUUCCAAAGGACUUUCGACCCAUACACAAGUUCAUCCAGACACCACAGUCUGUCAAUGAACACAUUCGACAAGCACCAUCAGGUUCAAAAAGACAAAGUGAGAGACAGAAAACUAAGAUGGAUGCUGUGUCUAGGGCGCUGGCACUCGGCGAGUCUCCUCUCACGGGUUCAGUGUUUGAUCUGAUGUCUGACAAGGAUAAAUCAAAACUGGAUGUGAUGAAGUCCACUUCAUUGUCCUCUGACCAGAAGACGAGGACCUCCUCUACUGGGGUUAUCUCCCCUGAUAAUGUUACUAAUAACACUCCUACUGCCAGUUCCCCUAGCCAGUCAGGUCAGCAUAAAAGUCUACAUAAUGAGUCUAUUAGACCAAGUCGGAAUGAGGCACAGUCAGCAGAGGAAGUACCUAAGGAUCCAUCGAGGUCACAGGCGCCAUUGUUUCAGGCAGGAAGUUUUGGGUUUAAGCCUUUUGCAAAAGACCCAGCCAAACAGGAACGCUAUGACAAAUUCAUCGCUCUAAAAAAAUUGGGAAAAACAGAUGCUUAUGAGGAGGUGACUGGUGAUCACAUGACAGAAUGGGACAGAGGCCAGGAAAAGGAAGAGUUUAUUCGAGCCUCAAAGCUGUACAAACCUCUCCCAGGAAUGAUGGCAUCACGUUUCACUUCUGCCAAGUACGACGAUAGCACAGCCACAGUGGACGUCCCCAAGGACGAAGGGGGAGAAAAGACUGACCAGAUGAAGGCUGCAGAGAUGAAGAUGUAUGGUCAGCUGACUCACGAGGAGUUUGAGUGGCAUCCUCACAAACUGUUGUGUUGGAGAUUUAAUGUCCCCAACCCCUAUACUGGGUCCUCUAUAGUGGGACUGCCCACAGUGAAGAGGGAGAAGUACUCGGUGUUUAACUUCCUGAACUUCUCACAUGAACCAGAGUCUCAAACCUCACAGGACAUGAAGGCAUUGCCUGCCCCGCCUGUUCCUGAUUCACCGACCGGAGCCAAACCAGUGACUUUUGACAUCAAGAAUCGUUCUAAGAUGACUGCUCCUCUCAAAUCUGUCUUCAGUGAUCUGGUCGAUACUCCACCCACCACACCCAAACUACCCACACUAGAUACACCGGAAUCCCCUACACAACAAAAUAUUGAAAAGACAGAGAAGCCAGCUCAGGAUUUAUUUGGUGCCAUAUUUGGUAACACAGACUCUGAGUCUGAGGAGGACGAAGAGGAGGAGGAGGAUGAUAAUGAGAUUAACCAGUCAAAAUUACCGGACAUUGAGCAGGCCUCUCCUCUACCUACAGUACACAAGUCAGAUGAUUUGUCAUCAAAACCACUAACAUACAUAGAAGAGGAAACUCCAAAUCCGACCGAGAUGCCAGGGGAGAGAGAGCUGCAAGAGAGACUGACCCCACCCCCACAGGCGCCUCCCCCUGACGAGGACGAGCAGUACGGGCCAGCACUACCUCCACCUGGUGCCCCAUGUUCCUCCAGUACAGCAUAUGUGGAUCUAACAUCAACUUCUGACAAUAAACAUAAACACAAGGACAGACACAAGGACAGACAUAAAGACAGACAGAAAGACAGACACAGGGAAAAACACAAACACAAGAAGGAGAAAAAGACUAAACACAAGAAAGACAAACACAAAGAAAGAAAGAAAAGUAAGAAACAUAGAAGACACAGUGAUUCCAGCCAUUCUGACACCGAUUCAAGUGACAUGGAAGAUGAUAAAGAACUUUUCAAGAAGUUGAAGGCAGUGACACAGAAGGGACUACUCAGGACUUCAGACUUUUCAUAAUGACCAUAUAACACUGCUAUACCAAGCAAACAGGUGGCUGUGAUAUAAAUAUCAACCAUUUUUCUCACAUUGUCAUGUUGUUUCUAAUAAAUAUGUUCUUUAAUAAA